UUCUUACUAUGUAGAAGUGUGUAUGGAUCGAAAGAAUUGGGUACGAGUUAUUGACUACACGGACUACUUUUGUCGCAGCUGGCAAUAUUUAUAUUUUGAACCGAGAAUAGUUCAUUACAUCCGUAUUGUUGGAACGAAUAAUACUGUGAACAAAGUUUUCCAUCUUGUAAGUUUUGAAGCUUAUUAUACGAAUCAUUCAGAGAAGCAUUGUAAUGGUUUCGUUAUUCCAACUCGGAACGUGGCUACUAUGGAUCAGAGUGCAACUGUUACUGAAGGCGUUUGUAGAUCUCGGAACACUCUAUUAAAUGGUGACACAUCAAAUUAUGGUUUGGAUAGCGGAUAUACUUGUCAUCAAGUUGGAUCUGGAUCUAUUUUAGUACAACUAGGACAACCAUACAUUAUAGACUCUAUGCGAUUACUGCUUUGGGAUUGUGAUGAUCGAGCCUAUUCUUAUUACAUAGAGGUGUCAGGUAAUUCUUGGAAUUGGGUUCUCGUUGCUGAUAAAACUAGAGAAGCUUGUCGUUCCUGGCAAACCAUACGCUUUGAACCUCCUCGUCCUGUUGUUUAUAUACGUAUCAUUGGAACACAUAAUACAGCAAAUGAAGUUUUUCAUUGUGUUCAUUUCGAAUGCCCUGCUCAGAUAAAUGAUAAAAUCACAAAUAAAUCUACAAUACAAAAAGGAAAACAAUCAGAAAGCCAAGAAUCUAUGCAUUGCCUAUUACCGCCACCUCCCGAAACAGCUAGAGAGGCGGUAAAUAUUGAUUUAGAAGAAACUAAUUCUACAGAUAGUCAUGUUUUGUUAAAUGAUUAACUUAAUCUUGCAGAAUAAUUUUGAAAAA